AGAAAACAUGACCGAAACCACAACCAAUCGGAAACAUGCUAAUGAGAUGUUCAUCCAAUCAGCUCGACAGCCUGUACAAAGCGGAAGUAUUCGUCUUCCCGGCGAAAAAGAAAAGCAGUGCGGGUUUAAAGUUUAGUCUUGAAGUGAAGUCCUCAAGAAGAACAAAAAUUGUGUAUGAAGUAGUGCAAAACGUGGCACGAAAUGCUCAACGGAAACUGUCCAGACCUGGUGAUAACUGACAAAUAGAAGACAAUGCCAUACUUGGGGUCUGAAGAGACAGUAAAGGAGCUGAACAGGGCCCUGUCCAAUCCCAAUGUGCAGUCAGACAAGCUGCGCUAUCGAAAUGUCAUCCUUAAAGUUAUCAAAUACAUGACGCAGGGAUUGGACGUGUCUCCCCUUUUCAUGGAAAUGGUGAAAGCCAGUGCCACAGUGGAUAUUGUCCAGAAAAAGCUGGUCUACUUGUAUAUGUGUUCUUAUGCUGCACUAAAGCCUGACUUGGCCUUGCUCGCCAUCAACACACUGCAUAAAGACUGUGCUGAUCGUAACCCCAUGGUCCGUGGGCUGGCACUGCGCAGUAUGUGUAGUCUCAGAAUGCCGGGGAUAACUGAGUACAUUCAGCACCCUAUACUCAUGGGGUUACGAGACAAAGCUGCUUAUGUAAGAAGAGUUGCUGUUCUUGGUUGUGCCAAAAUGAGGAAUUUGCAGCCUGAUGCUGAAAUUGUAGAUGCUGCUUUAGUGAAUGAACUGUAUGGCCUUUUGCGAGAUCCAGACCCAGUUGUAAUGGUGAACUGUCUUCGGGCACUUGAAGAAAUGUUGAAGCAGGAAGGUGGCGUGGUUAUCAAUAAACCAAUUGCUCAUCAUUUACUCAACAGGAUAAAAGAUCUGGAUCCCUGGGGUCAGAGUGAAGUCCUCACCUUUUUACUUCGCUAUACACCUCGCACAGAGGAAGAGCUGUUUGAUAUUCUCAACCUGCUUGAUGACUUCCUGCACAGUGUACACAGUGGAGUCUUGGCUGCCACAAUCUGCCUCUUUCUUCGGCUGUCUUCUGCUCACCCUGCAGUACAGGCUGAUGUUCUGGAGAGGGCUCGGGGUCCUCUGUUGUCUGCUUCCACUGCUCAAUGCAGAGAGCUGCGUUUUGCAGCAUUGUGUCACGUUCAACAAAUCCUCCGCAGCUUACCAAGUCUAUUUGCUGAACAAUAUAAAAAGUUUUUCUGUAGCUACUCAGAGCCCAACUAUAUUAAAUUCAGAAAGAUGGAGAUCCUUAUUGAACUGGUGAAUGACAACAAUGUGGCUGUUAUUCUCGAGGAACUACGAGCUUACUGUACUGAUAUUUCUCCAGAGUUGGCACAAGCUGCUAUUUUUGCUAUUGGGCGCAUUGGACAGAACUAUAGUGAGAAAUGUAUGAGUAUUUUAACCAGCCUUCUUGGAUUGAAGCAAGAGCAUAUCACAUCAGCUGUGGUGCAGAUGUUUCGUGACCUGGUUUGGUUAUGUCCUCAGUGCACAGACUUGGUUUGUCAGGCUCUGGUGGAUUGUGAGGACUACAUCUUGGACAGUGAGGGAAAGCAAGCACUAAUAUGGUUGUUAGGAGUUUAUGGAGACCAGAUUCCUAAUGCCCCAUAUGUGCUGGAAGACAUUAUUGACAACCUGAAAACAGAAGCAACUCCUCUUGUCAAGCUGGAACUACUGACCGCCACUAUGCGUCUGUUUCUAGUUCGCCCAGCUGAGACGCAGGAUAUGCUUGGCCGGCUCUUACACUAUUGCAUAGAAGAAGAAAGUCAUAUGGCAGUGAGAGAUCGCAGUCUCUUCUAUUACCGUCUUCUGCAGUGUGGUGUAGAUGAGACUCGUAAAGUGCUUGGAAGUAUUAAAUCAGAUCCCUUUUUGGGAGGAAUAGUGAGCCAGCAGCAGGAGCCAGUUAAUAACUGGGCAUCAGACUUCAACUCGCUUGUCCCAAUCUAUGGAAAAAAUCAAUGGGAAGCUAUUAAGUCUGCCAGAGGUUCAAUGUCGUUGAGUACAGAAGAGCAGGAAGAAGUACAACCAGACCUACCAGGUUUUGAGGAAACAGAACAAGAAGCUACCACCUCCUCUUCCAAAGCAGUGCAUUUUGAACCGUGCCUGAGCACCAGUCCGCCAAUAUCCCCAUUGUCAUUCGAACAGAAGUGGCUAACAUUGCAGCCAUGUCGACAGGUUGUGGUGUCAUGGGAAGAAGGGGAUUGUGCUCCAAAUAUUUUACAAGAUGCACUCAGCCAUUCCAACAUCUGUGCCUUGGCUUUUAGUAAGCCUCAUACGUGGCCCUGGAAAGCAUAUUUGUACAGCCAUGGUAUGAACACACUUAUUCUAGCUGAACUAUUACUCAACUCCAGCACAGAUUCUCUGCAGAUAACAGUAAAACAAGAAAAAGACAAUAAAGAAGCUGUUGACAGUUUCAUCUGUGUACUGGAAAAAGUGAUAGAAAUGAUGAAAAGCAGCAAAACUUAAAACAUUUUCUAUAAUUUAAUUGAAUUUAUAAAUUAAACAGUACACCCCUUGUUCAGAAAAACUCCAUACUUAAAAUGUUACAUUAAUAUCUAAACACUUUCUCUCUCUAGUGAAGUGAUGAAUACCAAAUUCUCAGAAACUUAACCAAGUUGAGGUGGCGCAGCAGGUAAUAAUAAUAAUAAUAAAUAUAAUUUUAAUUUAUAUGCCACUUCUUACUACUCAAAGCACUUUGCCAACAGGAAUGACCCAGGAAGAGAACCCAUGUUCUACCGCUGCACCAUCUGCAUGGUAAUGGCCCAGCCAAUUCGCAGAUCAAGCCUCCAGGUGUGAAAUCCAGUACCCAGAUGUUGACUGCGUGGAAUACGCAUGUCCACUCUAUGCCUGCAUGGGUUUUCCUCCAGGUUGUACUAUUUUCAUGUCAUAUUCCCAAAGUCUUACUGUGUGAGUGUUAGUGAGUGGCCCCUGUGAUGGACAAUUGAUGUUUCCUGACUGUUGGGCCAGGUUUUGGUCUCCAGCAACUCAGAAUUUGAUCAGAGCUGGUUUAAGAAUGUCAUGUUAUUAAGUUGAUGUAUUAAGUGCACAAGUAUAGGUGUUUUCUGAUCAGCAGUGGUCCAGAAAAUACAAGUUUAUUAUGAUGUGAUUUGGGGAACAAAAAUGAGUAGUUUUCAAAUAAUGCUUGUCAUGUUUACAUUAAUAUGCUUAGCUGAUGCUGUUAUUCAAUAUAGUUUGUAAAGCCGGUGCAUAAAUCUAAUGUGUCCACAUUUCUACACUGGGAGACAUGGCAUUUUGACAGUGGCCAAAAAAUAUACAUCCAAACCCAUUAUUUACUGUAUUAAUAUUUUUCACACUGUAAAAUAAUAACAUGUUAACAAAGAUGUUCUAUACCCUACACAAUUAUACCGAAAAGUGUUGCAUUAGUAUUUGAUAAAUUAUGCUUUUUCAGAAUAGUAAUUUGCCCCAAGGGUGUUUAGUGGAGGCCAAGGUUGUAAGAUCAGCCCAUCCACGGUGCAAUUUACAGGUGUUUUUCCACACAUCACAAAGACGGGCCUCUUAGGUUCGUUCUUUUUUUUUUUAUUAUUUAAUUUGUCCCAGUGUGAGUAUAUGUGGCUGUGUAUGAAUGUGAAUGUGGUUUGCAGUGAAUUUGGAUUAUUCUCACAGUUGGUUGUUGUCUUGUGCCAGCUACUAACGUGAUGAGUUUGAGAAUCCCACUCCCCUGUACAACAUCGGCAGGAUUCACCACAAUGAUAUUUUUAUGACUGAGGAACCCAUCUAUACAGUCAUAUGAAAAAGUUUGGGAAACCCUCUUAAUUCUUUGGAUUUUUGUUUCUCAUUGGCUGAGUUUUCAAAGUAGCAACUUCCUUUUAAUAUAUGACAUGCCUUAUGGAAACAAUAGUAUUUCAGCAGUGACAUUAAGUUUAUUGGAUUAACAGAAAAUAUGCAUCAUAACAAAAUUAGACAGGUGCAUAAAUUUGGGCACCCAACAGAGACAUGUCAUCAAUACUUAGUUGAGCCUCCUUUGCCAAUCUAACAGCCUCUAGACGCUGUUCUCCUAUAGCCUCUGAUGAGUGUCUGGAUUCUGGAUGGAGGUAUUGUUGACCAUUCUUCCAUACAAAAUCUCUCCAGUUCAGUUAAAUUUGAUGACUGUCGAGCAUGGACAGUCUGCUUCAAAUCAUCCCAUAGAUUUUCGAUGAUAUUCAAGUCGGGGGACUGUGACGGCCAUUCCAGAACAUUGUUCUUCUCCCUCUGCAUGAAUGCCUUUGUAGAUUUCGAACUGUGUUUUGGGUCAUUGUCUUGUUGGAAUAUCUAACCCCUGCGUAACUUCAGCUUUGUGACUGAUGCUUGAACAUUAUCCUGAAGAAUUUGUUUAUAUUGGGUUGAAUUCAUCUGACCCUCGACUUUAACAAGGGCCCCAGUCCCUGAACUAGCCACACAGCCCCACAGCAUGAUGGAACCUCCACCAAAUUUGACAGUAGGUAGCAGGUGUCUUUCUUAGAAUGUGGUGUUCUUCCGCCAUGUAAAGCACUUUUUGUUAUGACCAAAUAACUCAAUUUUUGUCUCAUCAGUCCAAAGCACUUUAUUUCAGAAUGAAUCUGACUUGUCUAAAUGAGCAUUUGCAUACAACAAGCUACUGUUUGUGGUGUGAGUACAGAAAGGGCUUCUUUCUCAUCACCCUGCCAUACAGAUGUUCUUUGUGCAAAUUGCGCUGAAUUGUAGAACGAUGUACAGAUACACCAUCUGCAGCCAGAUGUUCUUGCAGGUCUUUGGAGGUGAUCUGUGGGUUGUCUGUAACCAUUCUCACAAUCCUGUGCAUAUGCCACUCCUGUAUUUUUCUUGGCCUGCCACACCUGCUGGGUUUAACAGCAACUGUGCCUGUGGCCUUCCAUUUCCUGAUUCCAUUCCUUACAGUUGAAACUGACAGUUUAAACCUCUGAGAUGUCUUUUUGUAGCCUUCCCCUAAACCAUGAGACUCAACAAUCUUUGUUUUCAGAUCUUUGGAGAGUAGCUUUGAGGAUCCCAUGCUGUCACUCUUCAGAGGAGAGUCAAAAGGAAGCACAACUUACAAUUGACCCCCUUAAAUACCUUUAUAUCUCAUGAUUGGACACACCUGUCUAUGAAGUUCAAGGGUUAGCGAGCUCAUCACACCAAUUUGGUGUUGCAAGUAAUCAGCAUUGAGCAGUAACAGGCAUUCAAAUCAGCACAAUUACAAGGGGACCCACAUUUGUGCACAGCCAGUUUUUAACAUUUGAUUUCAUUUCAUACAACUAAAUACUGUGUCACUAAAAAUCAGAAAACACACCAGUACUCAGAUGUUCAAAGGAAAUGAAAAACAUACCACUGUUAUCUUUUUUUGUUGAAAGUAGAGUCAAUUAUUAUGCAGCCUGAGAGGGCUUCCCAAACUUUUUCAUAUGACUGUACAUUAAACAUUGUACCAAGCUGGGAUAUAUUUGGUCUCAAGCCCUUGCUGUGUGAAAUUUAGCUACCCAGGUUAUUUUAUCUUUGCUGUAAUUAUAUGAAAGUUGUUUGUGCAUAUUUCAUCUUAACCUCUUGCUCUCUUUCAUAUACUUCUGUUGAGCAACAGAAGACCAGAUCAUCAAACUCCCAUCCAUCAUAGAGAUCACUUCAGCUACUAUCUAGUAUCUUUUAGUUAUUUUACACAGUAUAUACCCAAAGAGGAAGAUAACUGAGAUACAGAUAAACUCACUGGUACAUAAAGAGCUGAGUUGAGAAUUUGGUUCCCAACUCAUGACAUUCCAGGAGAACACCUGCAAAUCCACUUGAGCUGCACUGAUCCACUAGUCAGUCUUGCAUUCUCUGUACAGUCACAUGUAAAGAAGAUGUCACGUCCUCUGUUUAUCCAUUGAUUUUUGUUAGAUAUCAAGGCAAACUGCAACAUGGAAAUUAACCAGUUGAUGACCUUCAGGCGGCGUGUUUGCUUUUCAUAGAUGAUGAUGUUGUUGUUGGAACAUCUGGCAGUAAUGGUUGGUUGCUGAGGUGGCACAAAAGUAGUCAACUUGGUGGUGACAAUUCUCUUAUCUAAAACAAACUCUACUUGGCCCCUUAUUUUAGAUGCGAGUCAGUGGUAUGCACCAGUGGCCUCAAAACGCCAUAUUCAUUUGGUGUAGCUGGGGACUGUCUACUGUAGGUAAUGUGAUAACAAGCACUCUCCACAUAGAUGGUGAUUUGGCUUGAAUUUAAAUCCCAGAGCGGUGGAUUUGUGAAUCAGCAGUUCUAAACACUGCACCACCAUGCCACUCAUUUUUUGAUAGUUGCAAUAUGAAAUAGGUAUUGAUUAACACGGGCGGCACGGUGGCGCAGUGGUAGCACUGCUGCCUCACAGUUAGGAGACCUGGGUUCGCUUCCCGGAUCCUCCCUGCGUGGAGUUUGCAUGUUCUCUCUGUGUCUUCGUGGGUUUACUCCGGGCACUCCGGUUUCCUCCCACAGUUCAAAGACAUGCAGGUUAGGUAGAUUGGCGAUUCUAAAUUGGCCCUAGUGUGUGCUUGGUGUGUGGAUGUGUUUGUGUGUGUCCUGCGGUGGGUUGGAACCCUGCCCGGGAUUGGUUUCUGCCUUGUGCCCUGUGUUGGCUGGGAUUGGCUCCAGCAGACCCCCCGUGACCCUGUGUUCGGAUUCAGCAGGUUGGAAAAUGGAUGGAUGGAUUGAUUAACACAGAUCUGAAAAAUUAAACUCUUAAAAAUCGUU